AUGAGAAGGCAUACUUUACUUAUGUGCCUAGCAGCAUUGGCCAUAUCUUUCCAUUUGCCCAGCAGAAAAGGCGUGGCAGCAUGCUUAUCGUGCAAUGUGUCAAUCGUGAAAUUUGUUCCAAAUGCAAGACUAACAAGAAUACAACAGAGGGAGAAAAGCGGGUAUCACGUAAAACGAGAAAUCACUGCAUGUACGGGGAAAAGAAAAUUUCCCGUCUUCUUUCUGUUGCCAAAGCCUUUUGGCGGUUUUCCGAACAGAUCGAGAUUGUUUUUUCAUCAUCUCCAAAGGGCGGGAGGAAAGGGAAACGUCCUUUCAGAAGGCUCAAGGAAGGUUAUAGGGAAGUGCAGCUGGGGAAACGUCGGCAGUAAGAUUGGUUCUGCUCGCUUUGGGGACAACCCAAGUGGUAAUCACUCCAGUGGUAAUCACUCCAGUGGUAAUCACUCCAGUGGUAAUCACUCCAGUGGUAAUCACUCCAGUGGUAAUCAUUCCAGGGGUAAUCAUUCCAGUGGUAAACGUUACUUUGUCAGCUUCCCCAUUGAGCACGCGUCUCGUAGCAGAAAACACUUGCUCCAACUGAAAAUGUGCGCCUCGGGGGAAAGUGCGUCCGCGGCCGAUACCGCGGUAAUAAGCGGAAGUAAGCAGAAGGGGGAGGCCGAUGCACACUCGGAUAUCUCGCCGAAUUUAAAUAAAUCGCCAGGCGUGUCAAUGCAAGUAAAAAAGAACGAAGAUGUGUGUGAAGAAAACAAUCACGGUGAAGAAAGCAGAAAGCCUUUCACCGUUGAGGAACUGAAGGAGAUAGGAAAAAAUUGCAGCUACCUCAAAAUAAACGAAACGGAAAGUGACGAAUAUAGCAUAGAGUUGUACUUCCAUUUUAGGGAAUUCAAAUUGUUAAGGAAAAAGGACGAGACGGUAAAUUCCUUGAUAAAUAGGCUAAUUUUAAAUAUGAAAAAGUCGAACAGAAAAAGGAAGAAGCGGCCAAGUAAGAGCUGCAACCAAAGUAUGGAACAGCCCACGGAGGAUGUCCCAACAAAUGACAUCCAACUUUAUGACAAGGAAAAUAAAUUGGUAGAGGACAGCUCUCUCCUGAUUAAUGUGGUGGACAAAUUGAGUUACAUCCUUAUUAAUAAGCACAAAGUAGAAGUAUUCAAAGGGUUGUACGACCUGAAACAAAUUUAUGUAUCCAUGGAUGUGUAUACCGGGCACCCCAUAAUCCCCGUGGGUGCACCCAUGGAUGAUCUUCAUUCGUAUGUACACUACUGGACCUAUGCGCACGAUAAGAAGGUGAUCCUGUCGCAGGAUUUGUUUUACAAACCUAGGAAGGAAGACAAGAAUGAAAAACUUCACCUCGUUAUAUAUAAUAAGGAAAAGCCCUUCUUCUUCUACGUGACGAAUGAAAUAGAAGUACUGUCUAACGAAUAUGAGGAGGAACUAAAAAGGAAAGGAGAAAGAUACCUCCAUUUUGAGAAGGUGCUAAAGGAAGAUGAACCUUGUAACGGUAACAUACUGCGCAUUUUGACGUAUAACAUUCUUGCACCUAUAUAUACAAACACCAAGUACGCCCUAGAAUAUAUGUUUAAAAAUAUAGACCCCUGUUAUUUGAAGACGAAUUACAGAUCCCAUUUAUUAAUUCAUGAUAUCAGUUACGAUUAUGAUAUUAUUUGCCUACAGGAAGUGAGUGAACAUUUGCAUUCCAACCUCUUCUCUGUGUACCUACAUAACGACUUUUAUUCCUCAUACAAGCCAAAGAGCAGUCAUGGAAAUGACGGGUGCUCCUUAUUUGUUAAUAAAAAGAAAUUUUCCCUAAUUGAAUAUAAAAAUUAUGAAUUUAACCAAGUGGUGAAAAUUCCGGAGUUGAAGGACGUAUAUGAUGCCUUUAUCAACUUAAGCAAUGACCUUGAAGAAAUUAUCAGAGAAAUUAAAACUGUUUUUCAGGUUGGCAUUUACACACAUAGGAGCAGCAGAAAUGUAUUUUUGGUAGCAAACACACAUUUUUAUUUCCACAGUUUGGCUAGUCAUAUUAGAGCAUUACAGUCGUAUAGCCUACUGCACAUUUUGGAAACACUGAAAAAAGUGUAUGAGCAGAAAUACGGGACAGCGGUAUAUGUAGUGCUAAGUGGAGAUUUCAAUACAAAUUUCGAGUCAGAAGUUUUUUCCUUCCUAGAAGGAAAGGACAUUGAUUCAAAUUCUCACCUUUGGAUAAACUCCAAACUUUUUAAAAAGGAAUAUGACGAUUUGAAUAAAUAUCCAACAUUAUUUGACUUUGCAAAAAGUGAGCAUAAUAAUAAUAAUCAAAUUAUUGGUCCCCAUUUGGAUAGGAAAAAGUUCUUGCCAUUAUAUUCUGCAUAUAAGAAGGGGGACAUUGCUUACACCAACUGGAAUAAUAACUUUAUUGACGUUUUGGAUUAUAUAUUUUUGUCACCGGGGCUUAAGGUGAGACGGGUACUGAAGGGUAUAAGCAAGGAGAAGUUCGAGAAGUAUGGGGGGGUGUUGUCUCCCAUAAAUCCCAGCGAUCACAUUAGCAUAGCUACCGAGGUGGAAAUUUGA